AUGCUCGCUUAUAUUUCUGAUCAGAAACGGCCUGAACGAGGAUUCGACUGGGCCCACGGCAGUAAGUGUGGAAACCUCCAGGGCAACCAGUCGAGCGCUUUUCCAGCCUCUAACCCCACGACUUUAAUUGAAAGCGAUCUCAGCUCGCGACAUUUUAAAGGAGGUCUCUCCGGGGGGGUUUCUGGCGUCCUAAUCGCAGAUAAGGCCGUUAACCGCAUCAUUAGUCUCCGGGGGAGGACAGAGCGGAGCUUGACGGGCAGCGUCGGCCAGAAGGCCAAGUGGCUUCUGUCACCUCAGAGCAUCCGAUGUGAUUCACACCGCGCAGAGACGCUCGCUGUAAACAAGGAGCUUUCGCUUUUCGAAUUUCAAACAGCAGAGCAGCGGUUUGAGGAUGUUAAAGGCAGCCGGCAUCAUUUCAGAGACGAUUCUCUCAACUUGGACCUGCACACAAUCUACUGCCACCUUUACCACAUGGACGUCCUCUCCCAUCUGAGGGAACAUCAGCUACGGUCGAUGUGUACCUCAGCCAGGUACGAGAAACACGAGGCCAACCACAUCCUGUUUUACCCAGACAGCAUCGCCACUUGUUGGUACAUCCUGCUCUCAGGAUCGGUCUUUGUGAAGGAGCACAUGUACCUGGCAAGGUGCUGUUUCGGCAAGCAGCUGGGGGGCAGACGAGGCUGUGAAUGCAUCACUUUGGAGCCUUCAGAAAUGAUUGUGGUGAGUAUGGCCCGUCUCAGAUCCAGCCCGCCUUUGUCCUCACACCUCACUUUUAUCCUGCUGCCCCUCUCUUCUCAGGCCUUUGAUAAUAGUCCGUGA